AUGGACCCUCCGUCCGCACCACAAACCCCCCUCCGUCCCCUCUCCAACAUGGAACUCUUCUCCUGCUCGCGCCACCACCUCGGCAUCUACCGCUGCGUCGCCAUAACCUGCCGCUACACCCACUCCGCUGCCUCUUCCCCAUCUCCUCCUGCCCUCCUCGACGCCUCCGUCCUCUACCCCGCCCUCGCCACUCUCGUCUCCGCCCAGCCCAUGCUCCGCGUCGGCAUCCUCGGCCAAGACCGCCCCCGCCCGCGCGCCCGCUUCUCCCACCUCGCCCGCCUCGACCUGCGCGCCCACGUCUCCUUUGACACCCUGCCCGCCGGAGCCGACUACGAGGGCCAGCUCGCCCGCCGCCAGGGCUGGCUGCACGACCAGCUCUGGCCCGACGUCGAGGUCUGCGCCCCCUGGCGCCUCGUCGUCCUCCGGCCCGGCCCCGGCCCCGGCCCCGGCCCCGGCUCCGACUCCGACUCCGAUCCGCCGCCGUUCUACGACGUCAUCUUCGCCUUUCACCACUCGCUGAUGGACGGCUCCAGCGGCAAGGCUUUUCACGAGCACCUCCUCGCCGCCCUCAACAACCCAUCCCUCUCCUCCUCCCUCCCCUUCCUCCUCGGCGCCGUCUGGUCCGAGCACGCGCCCCAGUUCCUCCGCCCCGCCGCCCCCUGGCACGGCAAGGCCAUCGACUUCUCCAUCCCCCACCGCACGCGCACCCUCGCCAUCGACAUGGCCCCGGACGUCGUCGCCGCCCUCGUCGCCGCAUGCCGCGCCCAGGGCACCUCGCUCACCGGCCUCGUCCACGCCCUCGUCCUCGCCUCCUUUGCCCUGCGCCUUUGCCCCGACGCCUCGUGCUUCGCCGCCAGCACCCCCAUCAACCUGCGUCCCUACCUCGACCCCGACACGUCGGACCCUUCUCUCCGCCCCCUCCUCCGCUCCCUCGUCACCGGCCACUCCCACCACUUCCCCCCCUGGGCCGUCGCCGCCCUCCGCGAGCCCGACGCCUCCCUCGACGGUGCCAUCUGGUCCGCCGCGCGCCACAUCAAGCGCGAGCUCGCCCAACGCCUCGCCACCCUGCCCGCCGACGACCCCGCCGGCCUCCUGGGCUACAUCGGCGACUGGUUUGCCUUCUGGCGCGCCAAGGACGGCAGGCCGCGCGCCGAGUCGUGGGAGGUGAGCAACAUCGGCGUCUUGUCCGGCGGCGGCGCUGCCUGGUCCAUCGAGCGCGUCUUCUUCACAAACGGCGCCAUGGUCGCCGGUCCUCCCCUCGGCGUCAACAUGGCCACGGCCGCUCCCGCCGGCACCCUCACCGCCAGCCUUUCCUGGCAGGACACCGUCAUCCCCGACGGCUUCGCUGAGCAGCUCGCCGCCGACCUGGCGUCGCUCACCCGACACUUCCACGAGACGGGCAAGUUUUCCUUCUAA